GCUUUCGUCAGUGAAUCCCCAUUCGCCAAUUUUGUCGAUCGCAGCGUAGCGGCGAAGAUGAACGCGACGAGGAAGAUCACGGCGGCGGCGAUCGCCGGAUCCGCAUUGCAGCUCGUUGCGUUUCUAGCGAUUUUUGUUUCCGUCGCUUCAAUAGAUGACAGAUGCGCCGCUUGCAACGUUGUCGCGGCUGAAAUAGAGGUUGUACUUUCUAAUGAGAAACCAAGAAAUCAUCUAGAUAUGCGCCAUCGAUUGGACUCAAGAGGACAGCGUGAAGGAAAAGUAAUUGAUUACAGGGUUAGUGAGUUAAGGGUGGUUGAACUCCUUGAUGGUCUCUGUGAAAAAAUGCAGGAUUUUACUCUUGAGGAGUCAGAUUCAGGCGAACAAAUGUGGGUAAAAGUAAGAAGUUGGGACAGCAUUGAAGGUGAUAAGCAAGCAGCACUAGCAUACUCGAAACAGUUAUCCUCGUUUUGUGGAAGGUUGCUGGAGGACACAGAGGAUGAGCUUGCAGAGUGGAUAAAGAAAGGAUUUACGCAAGCCGGCAGUGUAAGCAAAGUCCUUUGUCAAGAUCUCAGUAAACACUGCAGCUACUCCAGUGGUUCCUCCGCGAUGGAUCAUGGAGAGCUGUAGCGGAAAAUCAAACGAUAACCAAAGAUUCUUUUUAGGAGAUAUCACAAACAUUUGAAUCCAAUCGUGAACCCGAAAGUUGAUACGAAGACACCAUUUUAUCAUUUUUGUUUGAUUUGAAGUUGAGGGAUGCAUUCAAAGCCAAUGCCACUAUAUCAUUAAACUUGAUACGAUCCUAAUUUUAUUUUCAUCUUAUUGGACAUGUUUGGAGCCUAUUGUCUA